UUUUUAGAGCUAAAAAAUAAAUAAAUUUGAAAUUAAAGUCGCUCAACUGACUGUGACGUACCUCCUUCCCCCACUAUGUUACCUGCGCCCUCGCCGCCAUAAGUCUUGCCAUUCGCUUUUUGUGUGCGGGCAUCGCAACAUAUCCGUAAUAGUUCCUAUACAGUUCGAGUGCAUCUUAGUGUUAACUGUGAUCCACUGAUUAGGUACCAAUUUUAGCUAUGGGUAAACGAAAACAUGAAGAUAAGGAGUGGCGUAUUAGAAAGAAAAUAAGGAGGUUACAAAAGCGCCUUAAUCACCUCUCGGGAACCAGCGAUGAUUCGGAUCCUGGGGUGCUGUCACCCGACCACCCAAGAGCACUAUCACCGGACGAACAAGUUCACUUGGACCUUUCGGAAUCUGACGACAUGGACGCGCCUACACAAUCUAUCAGGUCUGUAGUAGCCCCUGGCUUUUCAUUAGAAAAUGCCAACAGGGCCUCCCUCUCGAAUGAGGAUAUGGAGUAUGAAACUCAAGUCAGGGUCCCAACAGUGUCCCCAGAGCCAGUUCCCAGCACUAGUAAAGAACCCGUUGGUGCCAAUAAUAACCAGGAAUCGUUGCCUCAAGAAAUACUAGAAGCGCUCGGCGAUUCGAAAGGAAAGGACGAAGUCUUUGGACCACCGAUUCCUGAUGAGAUUGCUAAACGUUGGGGGUGUAUACUAGUUGAUGGCUUGACAAAAGAACAGAAGCAGGAAGUUUGGGAAAAAUCUCUAGUGCCAGAAAACUUCAAACUUGCGAAAGCACCAUUGUUAAACCCGGAAAUCAUACCGGUCCUAAGUGAACCCAUAAAAAACAGGGAUAAGUUACUGGAGAAGGCACAAAACCACCUCGGUCGAGGAAUAGCAGGCCUUACCAACCUCACAUGCUCAAUUAUCGACGGUGAUACAGAUAAAAUACAGCUUCUGAAGAAAAUCUCGGAUAUUAAUAAAAUAUUGCUGGACCUGCAUUACGAAAAUACAAAAACCAGGCGAAAACUGGUAAUCACGUCACUAGAUAAGAAAUUUACACAACUAAUUACCGAUGUAAAGAGGGACACCUACCUCUUUGGGGCCAAUUUAGGUGAGAAAAUUAAAGCGUCAAAGACUGCCGAGAGAUCCGGACUCCAGAUAAAACGAAGCGAUCACGCGCCCACAUCGCGAAAAUUCCCUCAGCAGGGAAACUGGCGAGGCCCACCCAGAUCUCAAGGUCAACAGGCACGCAGACAGGGUGGGCAGAGACCGCGCUUCCAAGUUCAAACAAACAAACGUCCAACAUCGGCGACACACCGUCAAACACAGCCAUCGAAGACCAACUACAGGGCGAACAAGCCUUAAACAAGAACCAGACACCCACUCUGGACACGACUUACCCUGGUGUCAUCGCUAUUAUCAGGGAAGCAUAUGCCAAACAAGGACUAACGCCCGAAACUAUAGAAAUUAUGAUUGCAUCUUUGGCAAAAAAUUCUUUAAAGCAAUACAACUGCGCCUA